GAUAAAAGACCGCGGUAUCAUUAGAAUAAUUCUAAUAGUGUUAAAUAUUUCAAGACCCACAUAAUGCGUCAAUAUUUAAUAAUUUCGGUGAUCGUAAUUUUGAUCACUUUAUCAAAAGUGUCAUCAGAAAUAUCAGAAUGCAUCGGAAAUUGUAAAAAUAGUGAAACUCCGUAUUUGCCACACAAAAUUUGUACGAAAUUUUGCGUCUGCAAUCACGGACGACCUACUGAGAUGUCAUGUCCAGCUGAUCUACAUUUUUCACCGGAAAAUCACGUCUGCAUGAAUCCUUGGGAAGCUGAAUGUCAAGAAGACAGAUCUCUUAUCAAAAACAAUAAUCAGAAUAAGGGUGUAGAUGCGAUCAGUCAAUCGCAAUCAUCUUGUGUUGGGAAAUGCGACAGCUCGAUAAAUUACCUCCCUCAUUUAGACUCCGACAAAUUCUGCUUGUGUUACUCUGGGAAUCCCAUUGUAAUGAAGUGUCAAUCUGGAGCCAAUUUCAUACCGGAAAUGAGCAGUUGCUUGCAACCGAAUGAAGUGAAAGAUCAUCGGGAAGUAAAUUCUGAAAGCUGUAUAGGAACGUGUCCAGCAAAUAUGCAGCCAGAUGUUAUUUAUUUACUUCCCCACAAAAAUUGUAACAAAUAUUGUUUGUGUAUUCAAGGCUAUGAUAGAAUUAUUCACAGCUGCCCUCCUGAGUUAUUAUUUAGUUGGCCAGAAAAAAAAUGCCUCCAACCGGAAAUCGCUCGCUGUGCCGAUUCUGAUUAUAAUGCUACUUAUUUUCAGGGCAGACCAAUAGAAGUAUCAUGUCCCGAAGGUCUCCAUUUUUCGUCGAAAAAGUUUGACUGCAUGGAUCCCACAGACGCUCAAUGUCAAGAAGAAGACUACAGUUCUAGAGGUUGCAUAGGAGAGUGUUUUUGUGAAGAUCCUAACAAAGUUUGUCUACUGGCUCAUGAGAACUGCAAUAAAUUUUGCUUGUGUCGGUGUGCAAAAAAUACCGAAGUACAAAAUUGUCCAGAAGUUUUGAUAUUCGGGUUGACGUGCGCGUCAGCAAUGGAAAGUGUGAGUUUACGAGAGUUUAAUUUAUUUGAUGAAACAAAACCAAUGGAUCCGUCAAAGUGCAUCGGAAAAUGUUCAUGGCCUUCAAGAACUUUUUUUUCAAUGUUACCUCACGAGGAUUGUAACAAAUUUUGCAAAUGCGUUUUCGGCCAUUUGUUUACAAAGAAGUGUCCGAGAAACAAACAUUGGUCAGUUGAGUUACGAAGAUGUGUGUUGCCUAAAUUUGCCAAGUGUGCGGAAAAAAGAAUGGGCUGCAUUGGAAAGUGUCCGGCCGAAAAUUGGCCACAAGCUGUCCACGUUUUGCCCAACGCUGAUUGCCGUAAAUUUUGUAUAUGUGAGAAUGGCAACGCGCAAGUCAAAGAUUGCCCGUAUGGGUUCAAAUACAGUAUCACUCAUGGGAUUUGUUAUCCCCCUAACGAAGCAGUUUGCGUUUCGGAUGCAACUACGACUACUUCUAGUACUCCUUCAUCGAUACCAGACAAUACCCAUCACACGUGCAUCGGCACGUGUUCAAAAAAUCCUGAAGAUUUUGAGUAUCUAGCUCAUGGUGACUGUACUAAAUACUGCAUUUGCAUUGGUGGUAACCCCACAGAAAUGGAAUGCAAUUAUAAUUUCCAUUUUUCAAUGGAUAUUCACGAGUGUGUUACUCCUGCUGAGGCUGAUUGCAAAAGUCGGCUUAUAUUUAGCUAUUAA